GCGAAUUCAUUAAAGCUCUGUACGAGUCGGACGAGAACUGUGAGGUUGAUUCCAGUCGUUGCUCUGGCAGUGAUCUGGCUGAACAUCAGAGUAACCUGAAGAUGUGCUGCGAGCUGGCGUUCUGCAAGAUCAUCAACUCGUACUGCGUGUUUCCUCGGGAGCUGAAGGAAGUUUUCGCUUCGUGGAAGCAGCAAUGUGUCGCUCGCGGCCACCAGCAGGACAUCAGCAAGCGUUUGAUCAGUGCCUCGCUGUUCCUGCGCUUCCUCUGCCCCGCCAUCAUGUCGCCGUCGCUCUUCAACCUGAUGCAGGAAUAUCCCGACAACCGGACGUCCCGCACACUCACGCUCAUCGCCAAAGUCAUCCAGAACCUCGCCAACUUCACCAAGUUUGGAAACAAAGAGGAGUACAUGGCGUUCAUGAACGACUUUCUGGAGCACGAGUGGGCGGGGAUGAUGCGUUUCCUGUCAGAGAUCUCUAACCCGGAAACUCUAUCGAACACGCCGGGCUUCGAAGGUUACAUCGACCUCGGCCGCGAGCUGUCAGUCCUGCACGCUCUGCUGUGGGAGGUGGUGUCACAGCUCGACAAGGCCACCGUAGCAAAGCUGGGCCCACUGCCGAGGAUUCUGGGAGAUAUCUCUCGCUGCCUUGCCGCCCCGACGCCGGUGCAGCAGCAGCUGCGGCGUUUCCAGGACCACAGCUCCGCCCACAACAUCAGCGGCAGCCUGUCGUCAGGGUUACACCGAAUCUUUGAGGACCCCACCAACAGUCACUGUGAGGUCCGCAGCCUUCAGUCUCCGUGCAGUGAUCUGAUGGAUGGUCAUGUUCGAGGUCAGCGCCCCCUGCUGGCUCAGCAGCAUCCUUCAAUCCACAGCAGCUUCUCUGAUCAGGAGGAGCGAGACAACCUGCUGCUAAACGGACGCAGCAUCUCCCUGGUCGACCUGCAGGACGCUCAGAGCCCGCACGCCCCUGCAGGGCCCCCACCGCACCACGAGGCCCCACCCCGCCUUAGCAGGGUCGGCUCCCAGGCCUCUCUCGGACACGGCCCACCCCCACUUACCUACCCCCACUCCAACCCCCUGACCCCCCAGCCAGCGCCGCACCAGCCUAAGGCGUCGGCCAGAGACGGCCAGCCACAGAGCGCUCCACAGGUGAGGCGGCCGCUGCAUCCCUCCGUCAGCCAACAGCGUAGCCUGCAGCCACUGUCCUUCCAGAACCCUGUCUACCACCUGAGCAACCCCGCCCACAGCCUGUCCACACGCUCCGCCCACUCGCUGCGGCAGGACUCCAGCUCAGAGAACCUGAGCACAGAGAGCUCCCACAACAGCCACAGCAACUCUGAUGACUACGGCAGCCAGGUGGGGGUCAAAGGUCGAGUGCCGUCCAACAGCAGCCUGGACGAGCUUGGCAGCAGGCGGAGCACGCAGAGCGAGGAGUGUUCGACGCCGCGCCGCCACGCACUGCCUGACCUUCCGCCCGGCACUGCCACAGCAGUUGCCAUCCCUCGUCAAAGCACGACGGCGGGCACCGCCCACAUCGUCAAGGUGGAACAGCAGAGCAGAGGAGGGGUUGGUGCCAGGACGCCACGCUCUCUCCCACACAGUGCGUCGUUACGCAGCAGCAGCAGCGCCAAUACUGAGCCGACACCCACCGUCAGCCACGUCAACCAUCAGCAGUCAACCUGCUCUGUGGAGAACAUGGCUCCGCCUCCAAAAAGUGCCACCAAACCGCCACAGGUGGCGUCUCCGGUGGAUGCGGUGGCGGUGGCGAUGUCUCCAGUGGAGAGGACGGCGGCCUGGGUCCUCAACAACGGCCAGUACGAAGAGGAGGAGGGAGGAGGGGAGAGGAGCAGAGAGGAGGGGCGGAGCACCGAGAAGUACGAGCUGGAGAUAUCUCGGCUGAAGGAGCGUCUGCGAGUUUCCGGUCGGCGUCUGGAGGAGUACGAGCGGCGGCUGCUGGCUCAGGAGCAGCAGAUGCAGAAGCUGCUGCUCGAGUAUAAGAACCGUCUGGAGGACAGCGAGGAGCGACUGAGACGGCAGCAGGAGGAGAAGGACAAUCAGAUGAAGAGCAUCAUCUGCAG